AUGACGACUCCUGCAUCAUCUUCACCUUCCGCGUCCGCGUCCGCGUCCGCUUCGUCACCACCUAUCGAUGCCCCACUUCCUGAAGAAAACUCUUCCACAACACCGCAGGAAUCCUCUUCUAGUGACCGAUCCCGCAAGCUCAUCAUCUACGCGUCCAUCUUUGCGUCACUCGUGGCAUGUGGCUGGUAUCUCAAUAAAGGAAUCAGCGCAUCCAUCAACUACCACAAGAUCCGCCAAGAAUUUGGUAGUUGGGAUCAAUCCUGGGCUUUGGUGACGGGACGCAACAAGACGUAUCCUGGCAUUAAAUCCGUGGGCCCGUUCCUACCAUUCUUUACGGAUGACCCAUUCUACUGUGCCCUAAUGACCUAUGAGACUGGGAACGGAGAAAAAGUGACGGCGACAAGCUUGACGAAUUGUGGAGACUUGCCUACCGAGGUUGUGAUUGGAGAAGAGUUUGAAAUCCUUUACAAUCCUGGAAACACGCGAGAAUUUUUGGAAAAGGAAAUUAUAGACGAUUCCUUGAGCGCCUUGAUCGGUGCAACUGCCAUUGUAUUCGUUUUUGCACUAGGCUUUUUGGGUUGCGCUGUCUUUCUUUGGAGAAAGAGAGAUGUGGCAAUUGGGUUGGAGCGGAAUGCCCAUCGUCGUCGCCCUGGAGUUCCCAGGCGAGGCCGAGACGACGAAGAGGUCGGCAUCGAGUUGACAUCCGAAGAGAUGGAACGGCGUAAACGGGAUCGAGAGGAAAAGAUCAUGAAGUAUUUUCGAUUUGAAACGGUGUCCGAAAAUGGAGCGGAUGCGUCAUUUGCACCAUCACUGACGAAAUCAGCAUCUGAGGAUGGCUCUCAUACUACAGAACCUAGCACUAGUACUGAAGAGACCUCGCAACUACCGUACGGCAGCCACGGCGAUGAGUGUUGCAUCUGUAUGGAAAAGUACUGUCAAGGUGAACACAUUUGCACUCCAAUGACGACCGAUGAUUGCAAGCAUGUCUUUCACAAGGCAUGUCUCUUGGAAUGGUUACAACGUCAUGAUCACUGCCCAUUAUGCCGUGUUAAUCUGGUGCAGGAUAAGUGA